AUGAUCGAUGCCUUCACAACCUAUGCGGUUAGCGCUCUAGCCGCUACAAGUGUCAUACGUAGCAUAGUUGGUGGGUGUCUCCCAAUCGCUGGGCUACCGCUGUACUCUGCUCUUGGUUAUGGAUGGGGGAACUCACUUCUUGGAUUCGUUACCAUUGUAGUGUCUAUCGCACCUCUUCUGUUCUGGCGCUACGGCGAGGCUCUGCGCAAGAAGUAUGAUGUUCAAUUUGAAGAGUAA